AUGGAGCAGUUUGUCCGGAAGCGUUUGACUUUCCUGACAUCCUUCUGGAACAAGCUCCGUCCCCGCUCUGUGCCGGAGAGCUGCUCACUGGGGUAUCUUGGUUCUGAUUCCGUUUCGCUGCACUCGGAGCCGAACUCCAUUUCCUUCAUCCCCAAGUCCUCUCUCUUUAUCGCUUUAUACGCUUUCACAGCCCGGAGCGCGGAGGAACUGAGCGUAAGCGCAGGGGACAAACUGCGUGUCCUCAGAGAAGAAGGCGAGUAUGUCUUAGCCCGCCGGCUGCUGGGGGAGCCAGCCAUGGGCUACGUUCCUGCUGCAUACGUGGCCAGCCUCAGCCAGGGCACCUCGACUCACCGGCCCUGGUAUUUCAGCAAGAUCAGCCGAAGCGAAGCUGAGCAGCUCCUGCUCUCGCCUCCCAACCAGCACGGCUCCUUCCUCGUCCGGGACAGUGAGAGCAGCAAGGGCGAGUACUCUCUCUCGGUGCGCAACCAGACGAAGGUCAGCCACUUCCGAAUCUGCAAGAGCCCCGGGGGCAGCCUCUACAUACAGAAGGGCCACCCCUUCCCCGACAUGGAGGAGCUCCUCGCCUUCUACAGCGCGCACUGGAAGGUCAUCCAGAGCCCCUUGCUGCAGCCCUGCAGCCCCGCGACCCCCCCCGAGAGGGACGGCUGGGAGCGCCCACGCUGGGAGUUCACCCUGCGGAGGAAGCUGGGUGAGGGCUACUUCGGAGAGGUGUGGGAAGGACUGUGGAGGAACACGGUGCCGGUGGCCAUCAAGAUCAUAAAAGCCGACAUGAAGGCAGAAGACUUCACCAAGGAGAUUCAGAACCUGAAGCGCCUGAGGCAUGAGAAGCUGAUCCAGCUGCAUGCCGUCUGCUCGCUGGAUGAGCCUGUGUACAUCAUCACUGAGCUCAUGCGGAAAGGCAACCUCCACAGCUACCUCAACAGUCCUGAAGGGAAGUCCCUGGGCACCUCCCACCUGCUCAACAUCGCCUGCCAAGUGGCAGAUGGGAUGAGGUACCUGGAGGAGAAGCACAUUGUCCACCGGGAUCUGGCAGCCAGAAACAUCCUGGUGGGAGAGGAACUCACCUGCAAAAUCGCCGAUUUUGGACUUGCCCGGCUCCUCAAGGAUGACAUUUAUUCCACCAGCAGCAGCACUAAAAUCCCGGUGAAGUGGACAGCCCCGGAGGCAGCCAACUACCGCACCUACUCCCUCAAGUCCGAUGUCUGGUCCUACGGGAUUCUGCUCUAUGAAGUCUUCACGUAUGGACAGAUCCCAUAUGAAGGAAUGACAAACCAAGAAACCGUACGGCAAAUCACCAGGGGCUACCGCCUUCCUCGGCCCAGCUCCUGCCCUCCUGAGAUCUACAGCAUCAUGCUGGAAUGCUGGAGCGGCAACACAGAGGAGCGUCCUACCUUCCUGGCCCUGCGGGAGAAGCUGGGCUUCAUCUACAGAUGGCUGCUCAGCUCUCUCUCCUGA